AUGAUCGACACUGGGAGCUCUGCCGACGUGUUGUACCUUGACGCCUUCAAGAAGCUUGGCCUAACUAACGAGGAUCUCAACCCCAUGACGUCGGCGCUCACCGGAUUUACGGGGGAUUCCAUCUCCCCGCUUGGGACUAUUGUCCUCCCUAUUACCAUUGGGGAAGAACCAAGAACCAAGACGAUGAUGACCACCUUCAUGGUAGUCGACCUGCUCUCCGCCUAUAACGCCAUCUUCAACCGCCUGACGCUCAACAAGUUGAAAGCGGUGGUCUUCACCUACCACCAAGCCAUUAAGUUUCCGACGCCAGCAGGAGUCGGGGUAUAUCGAAGUGAUCCCAAGGAAUCAAGGCAGUGCUAUCUAACGGUGGUCACCCUCCCGAUGAAGCCACGACCUCAGCAAGCCCCGGAUCCCCGUGAAGAAAUCAAAAUAUCGACGCUCCAAGAAUCACCCGAACAGAUUGUUGAAGUGCACUUGAAAAGGGAUCGACCCAACAUGACCGUGAAGGUUAGAACAACGCUCCCCAAAGAAAACUAG